UAUUGGCGAUGCGGCUAACAUUACAUAUUACUUUGUUAAUAUCUCCUAUAUCGAAUAAAUAUGAUUUUUUUUCGCUUAUUUUAUUCUAAAAUUUAACAUUCAACCACCACGGGGGUGCUUGAAUUUUCACGACUACUGUGUGUCGGUGGUUGCUGCACUGUUAUCAAAAUCAGCUUACUAAUCGAUCAAAUUCGCUAGAAAAUACUUGAUAAGAUAAAACAUAUUACAGAAAAAAUAAAUUUAUUUAUGUUUUUUUUUUUUUGUCAUUGAGGUUUGUAUUAAAUAUUUCCGAUAUACUAUUUAGUAGCAAAUUAUUUCUGCUUGACUAAAGGAUAAAACAAAAUAAUAGUAGUUAAUAGUUAAUUUAUUCUUCACAUAAAAAUGGUAGUCAAAUGUGAAUUAAAUGGAAUUGAAACUUGGUAUUCUUCUGGUCAAACAAUAACUGGCAAAAUAUGCUUGUCACUAGAUGAACGGAUAUUAAUUAAAUCAAUUUCUUUUAAAAUGGAUGGAUAUGCUUUAGCUGAAUGGAAUUCUAGUAAAAAGACCGAAGAAAAACCAAAAAUUGUCAAAGGAAGAGAUGAUUUCAUAGCUUCUACUACUUACCUUGUUGGUUCUGAAGAAUCAACGUCAAUAUUGGUUGCAGCCGGAAAUUAUGCUUACAAUUUUUCAUGUAAUAUUCCUGAAAAAUGUCCUUCAUCCUACAAUAGCAUGUGUGGUCAUAUUCGCUACCAAAUGACAGUCAUUUUAGAUUAUGGCAAUAAGACUGAAGAAAUACUAAAAGAAUCUUUUCAUGUCAUUAAGCAACUUGAUUUAAGACCACAAUCGUCUACACUGAAACUCCCUGUGGACAUGGAAGUAUUUGAAUCUAAAUGUUUUUAUGAAUGUUGGAAGACUCCAUUAUGCCUUUAUGUGAACCUUCCUCAAGGGGGAUUUGUUCCUGGUGAAACAAUAUCAGUUUAUGCUAGGCUGAUUAAUGAUGGGAAAAUACCUCUUAAAUCUAUUUCAAUAUCUCUGAAUCAAGUCGUCACAUUUACUUCAAAAACACCACGUCAGCAAACCUUGUCGGAAAGAUACAAUAUGGUUCAAAAUUUAAGCAGUUUAGCUGGCAACGCACCCCUCCGAGAAUUUCUGGAACGUAUUCCAAUACCAAGUGUUCCACCUUCCACACAGGAAAACUGCACAACUUUGCGAAUAAACUAUGAAGUAGAAGUUUCUGUGGAUCAUGUGAAAGGAAAGAGGGAAGUUGUAGCUAGAAUACCGAUAGUAAUUGGUACAAUUCCAAUUGAUGCGGAUGGUUCACCUAAAAAUAACAACGAUAGAAUUCAAGUAGAAGUAUCAGAUCCCAAGGCUUUUGCUACAAGUAUAAUAAGCUCUUGUUCAAUGGAAUCUUUGAAUACAAAGUCAGAUUCAAGAACACCAGAUGAGGUUAUAUUGAAUGCAAAUGCUUCUACGUCUUUUCAAGAAGCUUCAUUCAUGUCAAGUACCAACUUAAAUAAAAAAGAUAAAAAUGCAUUAAAUAAAGAUGUUUCAGGUUUUAAGCCCAAAUAUCUUUAUUAUGAAUUAAAUGAAGACAUUGAAAUGACUCCAACAACUAUGGAAAUAACAAAAGAAAUAACGAUAGCUAGCACAUGAGUAAAAAUCCUGAGUCAUGACUUGAAAAUAUUUAAGAUCAAACAAACAGAACAAAAAAGAAACUUUGUGGUUUUGAAAUGUAUGUCCAGUAAAAUUAUAUUCAUUAAGGUUUUAAGGAGUACAAUUUUUGUGUUAAUUGUCUUAAGAAAGUAGGUUCAUUAUAUGUUUUUAAGUUUGUUGAAUCGUAGACAAAAUUAAUAUCAUAAAUGUAACAUUUUAACCAAAACUAAUUAAUUCAAAUAUAUGAAGAGAAUUUUUUUUUAACU